GAAAAGGAUUUGGGCCAACCUAGCCGGGAAACUCUUUUUGUUCCCUUGCUGGUUCAUUAUUGGGCUUCUGCCCUUGUCUGGCCUGGUUUUUACCUUGGCCCACCUGGAAAAUACAUUCACAUGUAUACAAAAAAUAUUACAAUUGUUUCAUCGGAAAAGAAAAAAAAAAAGAAAAAAAAAAUUAAGAAUUGGAUAUUUGAACUAUGUAAUGGAGCUUAGCCCAUAUUUCUCUUUUUAUCCUAUUUUUUCUUGGCAGGAAAAGGAGAUUUAAUUUGGGUAUCAUGCAAGUCACACACUGUUGUUGUUAUAUUUUUCGAAUCUGGUCUUCCCGCGCCUAUAUAUAGCCAGAUGUGGCUCUUUCCAUUAAUUUAUUCAUUCCGAAUUUCUGUUUAUCGCUGAAGCACGAAAGCAAUGGGGAAACGAUUGCGAAGGGAGAAAUCAAUCUGCUGCUGCAUCUCUCCUCGAUCCACCUUUCUCACUCCUCACUCCACUUUCUACUGUUACGAAGAGGACGUGUGGACGGAGAUCGCCAAGUACUUGGACGGAAAAUCUCUGGUGAUGCUCGCAGCAACGGGCAAGUGGUUCCACCGCAUUAUCAUGGAUGAGAGUAUAUGGAAGUUUGCCUGUUUGCGCGAUCUUCAAGUCCCUGAUCCUCGCAAGGUGUCCUUCAAAUGGAUCAAGCUUUACGCUUCAGCUUUCGAUGGAAGUCACUCUUACAUGUUUCGUCAGCAGGAGAAACAUAUUGAUUGGAUGCGGAUCGGGGCAUUUUUCUUUGACUCACCAGUUGCAUUCCUGACAGAGAAGCUGAUUGCUCCAGCAAAAAUUCCAAUAGAAGAAGGCUUAGAUAAAAUGUUGCAGUCGAAUGGCUUUUGCGUGUUAAACAACAUUAAAUCUGGCAUCUGGAUUGCUGAUUUACAGCUUGUUCGAUGCCCUGUUUGUGACCUCAAUACAUGUGAUGGAACAAUGCAGACACUGGAUGCAAGGCAUAUGGAGCUCUUCCUGAAUGACAAAUACAAGGACGGGAGCUGGGAGUACAAGCUGAUAGGAUCCCAUGAUGUCAAAAAGCAUAUAGAUGGAGCUUGUGGUGCCAUUUUUGACAUUAAACACCUCAAGGAUCCCUCAACAUCUGAGGUAUUUGAUCUCAAGUCAUGGGUAGGGAAACCCAAAGACUGGCAGCCGAAAGCUAUGAUAUCACUCCAUGCAGUCGCCGUCAAUACCAAUUUGCAGGAAAAUGAAGGCCUUCACGUAAAAUACCAUGCCAUGAGAGAUGAAGCUGAUGGGGAAGCUGUUUCCAUCCGAAUCUCUCAGCAGCUCCUGUAAU